AUGAUACCUACUACAACUUUGAACACAGCAUACCCGUGGACCCGGAGCCCCCUCAUAGCCAACGCUCCAAUGAGGCUGAUAGCCCUAGCGCCGCUUGCGUAUGCAGUGUCUCAGGCUGGAGGCUUUGGCUGGCUCGCUGCGGGUACUGACGUGGCUGAUCUGAAAAAGGAGUUGCAAAAAGUCGCAGAUCAAGUGGCGCAAAAUCCUGUUCCAGGGUCGAGCUCAGACUUCCUCCCCAUUGGUGUGGGCUUUAUCAACUGGGGUGUCGAACUGGAGACAGCGCUGGAGGCUCUGAGGGAGCAUAUACCCGCUGCGGUGUGGUUCUUUGCACCAAGGAAGAACGAAGACCUUGUCGAGUGGACGAGAAAAAUAAGAGAGGUGAGCAAGGGGAAAACAAAAAUAUGGAUACAGAUUGGGACAGUCAUGGACGCAAUUGAAGUUGCCCGUUCUUGUCAUCCAGACGUCCUUGUCGUUCAAGGUUCUGAUGCUGGAGGGCACGGACUAGCACAUGGUGCUGGAAUUGUGAGCUUGCUUCCAGAGGUGGCUGAUUCGUUACGAGGGAUGGGAAUGGGAAGUAUACCUCUAGUUGCAGCAGGAGGUAUAGUGGAAGGUCGAGGGGCCGCUGCCUGCCUGGCUCUGGGCGGAAGUGGCGUUAACGACCGACGGAGGGAGGAGUACCGUCAGAACGAGCGUGUACGAUACGCUACGUGGGACGGUGUGGCCCCGUCAAUAUGA